UCAUCAAAAUUGAGGUUAACUUAACAAAAGUUUCUUUCUAAUUUGCUUCCGUCUCGCGACAGCUUUGAAAAGUUUUCAAGUUUUUUCUGUUGUAGUUGAGUACUUGGCAUGGCAAAAUACGACCUCACUCCCCAAAUGGGGGUAUAUUUGGAUCGCCAUUUGGUUUUUCCAUUACUAGAAUUUUUGUCAGCUAAAGAAAUUUAUAAUGAUCAACAAUUAUUAAAGGCCAAAUUAGAUAUACUGAGUAAAACUAAUAUGAUCGAUUACGCUAUAGAUAUAAGAAAUCAAUUAUAUCCAAGGGAAGAAGUACCAGAAUCAUUGAAAGAAAGGCGUCAAAUGGUAGUUGACAAACUUCAGGAGCUUCAAAGGGUUGUGGAUCCAAUACUUCAUAUUUUAAAUGAUGAUGAAGUUAUGAGAAAUAUGGAGAAUAUGAGGGAUUCUAAAACCCUUAUAAAUUACUUGUCCAAGGAUUAUAAGUUUGAAAUAGAGAUGAUUGAAAGUCUGUACAAAUUAGCCAAGUACAGAUAUGACUGCGGAAAUUACUCUGCUUCCACUUCUUAUCUCUAUUUUUGUAUGCUUGUUCUUCCACCUAAUGACAAAAAUUACUUGUCGGUAUUGUGGGGAAAGUUUGCCUCUGAAAUACUUGUGCAAAACUGGGAUUCAGCUUUGGAAGAUUUGAAUAAGUUGAGAGAUUAUAUAGAUUCUAGUCCCAAUCAUUUUGGAGGAAAUAGUUCACUGGUUUUACUUCAACAAAGAACAUGGUUGAUUCAUUGGUCAUUAUUCGUCUUCUUCAAUCAUGCCAUGGGACGAGAGCUCAUCAUUGAAAUGUUUUUAUAUAAACCUCACUAUCUGAAUGCCAUUCAAACUAUGUGCCCUCAUAUUCUUCGUUAUUUAGCAACUGCAGUUAUAAUUAACCGUGGAAGAAGAUCAGCGCUAAAAGAUCUAAUCAAGGUUAUUCAACAAGAAAGUUACACUUACAGAGACCCAAUUACUGAAUUCUUAGAAGAUCUUUAUGUCAAUUUUGAUUUUGAUGGAGCAAGGCAAAAGCUUCAAGACUGUCAAACAGUCCUGUUUAAUGACUUUUUCCUCAUUUCGUGUUUAGAGGAGUUUGUAGAAAAUGCCAGAUUGAUGAUAUUUGAAACUUUCUGUCGUAUUCAUCAAUGUAUCAGUAUUGGAAUGUUGGCUGAAAAACUAAACAUGAAUCCAGAUGAAGCUGAAUGCUGGAUAGUUAAUCUUAUUAGAAAUGCUAGAUUGGAUGCUAAGAUUGACUCUAAGCUUGGUCAUGUUGUCAUGGGAGCACAACCUCUUUCUCCUUAUCAACAACUGAUUGAAAAAAUCGACUCUCUAUCUGUGAGAUCGGAAACUUUGAGUGGGCUCAUAGACAGGAAACUGAAAGCCAAGACAGAUAUACGCUGGGGAAAUCAAGAUUUUUGAUUGGAAUCAUCAAAGAAUUUUGUAUCAACUAAAAAAUGAUUAAAAUCAAAUGUAUAAGAAA